AUGGGAGGUCACUCAUCUGGCAAUGCGGCUUAUGAUGCUGCUUUACAAAGACGCCAGGCAUUGAUGGGGGCUAGUGGUGCAAGGGCUCUUGUGAAGAAUUGGAAAGUCGCCCGCAUCGCCGCCUUCGCCUGCAUUGGCGGUGUCUUGUACGGCUAUAACCAGGGCAUGUUUUCCGGUAUUCUCGCUAUGCCAUCGUUCGAAAAGCAUGUCACCGCCAUCAUUGGGGAUUUCGACCAGCUUACACAUGCUUUCGGCUCAGAUAUGGACGGAUACACUAAGAACCCAACCCAAAAAGGCUGGCUGACAUCAAUCCUUGAGCUUGGCGCCUGGGUCGGUGCUAUCUUAUCCGGCUUCAUUGCUGAAGUUUGCUCCCGUAAAUACGGUGUACUUAUUGCGACUGGUGUUUUCAUGCUCGGUGUUAUUGUCCAAAUUUCUUCCAUUUCUGGUGGCCAUGAGGCAAUCCUUGGGGGAAGAUUCGUCACCGGAUGUAACUACAUUGGCGGCACCACCGAAGACACACAGUCAGAUGCCGCUUGGCUCGUUCCGAUCUGCCUGCAAUUGGGCCCCGCUGUUAUUCUCUUCGUGGGAAUGAUUUGGAUGCCAUUCUCCCCGCGUUGGCUCAUUCAUCAUGGCCGGGAGCAGGAAGCUAGGAAGAUCCUCGCCGAUCUCCGAGACCUCCCCGAGAACCACGAGCUGAUCGAGUUGGAGUUCCUCGAGAUCAAGGCCCAGUCGCUGUUCGAGAAGCGAAGCACAGCUGAGCACUUCCCUCAUCUGAAGGAGCAGACUGCUUGGAACAUUUUCAAGUUGCAGUUCGUCGCUAUUAAGGCUCUUUUCCAGACCAAAGCCAUGUUCAAGAGGGUCAUUGUCGCUACUGUGACUAUGUUCUUCCAACAAUGGACAGGUAUCAACGCCGUUCUCUAUUAUGCUCCUCAGAUCUUUAGCCAACUGGGCCUGAGUCAAACAACCACGAGCUUGCUUGCCACCGGUGUCGUUGGUGUCGUUAUGUUUAUUGCAACCAUUCCUGCCGUACUAUGGAUUGAUCGUGUCGGCCGAAAGCCUGUCCUCAGCAUUGGUGCUAUUGGCAUGGGAACCUGCCAUCUCAUCAUAGCUGUCAUUCUAGCCAAGAACAUCGACAGGUUUGAUCAACAACCAGCCGCUGGGAACAACUUCAUCGUGGGACAAGUCACCCCAGACAUGCUAACAAGCAUCAAUUAUGGCACAUACAUCUUGUUUGGCCUAUUGACCUACAUUGGUGCCGCAUUUAUCUGGUUCAUAGUCCCCGAAACGAAGCGUCUUUCUUUGGAAGAAAUGGACCUUGUAUUUGGCUCUGAAGGCACCGCCGCUGCUGAUUUCGAGAGAAUGGAAGAGAUCAACAACGAAAUCGGCUUGAGUGCAGUGCUGAACCGCGCCUCACCUGGUGGGGGGUUCUCCAAGUCUGAUGACUUAGAAAAAAAGGAGAUCGACGCUGCUUCGACCGAGCACCAUUGA